AUGUACCACUUGCAUCCAGUUUACAACAGACCACCUUUGCGUUACAGCAUCAUCAACAACAACAACAACACUCACAUCCUUGCUCCUCAAUUGAUCACAAGCGACUAUUAUCUCUCCAAAUCAGGUGAAACAUCCGUCCAUGUACCCGAUCCUAGCGAUCGCCAAUUGGUGAUCCUUGACUUGAAUGGCACUCUGGUGAGCCGCGUCAACAAUGGCAUGUAUGUACGACCAUAUCAAGACCUGUUCCUGGAUUAUCUCUUCCAAGUGGUUUGA